UGCGUACCAGGAGUCAGAGAGGCUGAGCCAGCACUGACGGCUCAUUGUGGUGGUUAAGAUACGAAACAGAUCAGAAUUGUAUCUCCAAGUGAUGUACUCGCACUCACCUUUGCAGGGGAAGGUCAGGUCAUAGGAGGACAUUACCUGGGGGGUAUUCGCCGAUGGAAGAUUGAAGACGGACAACAACAGAGUCCAACCAUGGGAGCAAACGGCAUCGUCGCUUCUCUUGCCAUUUCCCAGGAUGGCCGGUGGUUGGUGUCUGGAGACCGCGGAAAGACAGGCAAUCGUCUGGAAUGCAGCCACUCAAGAAAAAGUGCGCGAGCUCAAAGAACGCGCCGGCUAUGUGUUGGGGGUCGAUAUCUCGAGUGACAGUACUAAUUUUGCCAUUGUGGACUACAACGACGCCGAGAUAUUCAGCGUCACUUCUGGUGUCCGACUCCUGCCUCCCGUCCCGCACACUAAUGUUACUGGUGUCAAGUUCUCCCCAGACGGCAGCCGAUUUGCUACUGCCUCGCAGACUCACGGUGUCCGUGUCCACAGCACCCACAAUGGCAACAUCUUGUUCGACUCAGGUCAAAAAGGUUCAUCUAGUUCAUGGCCGGUCGCUCCGUUGGCUUGGUCGUCUGAUGGCCAACAAUUGUUCGUCGCGAGCGUAGGCAAAAUCACCUGUUUCGACCUUUCGAAGUCCUUGUCUUCGGAAUGGUCGAUCCACGAAGACCAAUCCCGGGUAUCUAUCGCAUCCAACGGCAGAUUCAUUGCAUGUGCCGCAGGGUCAUCGAUUUCACUAUGGGACUGUGUGUCCCACAAGCAGAUCGGUACCAUUAUCACAUACACCUCACAGAUCAACUGUGUCGCUCUCUCACCAAGCGGGGGGUGUCUCGCAUGUGGAAUUGGCAGGAAUACCACAACUCGCAAUCUCAGAGAUGUCCUUCCCCUCGAGUAUUUCGAGGACAGUCUUCCCCUCGUACGAAUGAGUGGUAAGAUCCUUAAAUCAUGGACACAGAACGACCCCACGAACACCGAAGUGCUGCUGUCGGAAGAGCUCACGAGUGCGUCAAGUCCCAGCCCCUACGUGCUAGCAAACCGCGCUCUUAUUCGAGCACGUCUGAAACAUUUGGCACCUGCGAUAGGGGACGCCAAGGAGUCCCUCCAGGUUCGACCAUCGCCUAUCGGCCAUAUUGCAAUGGCGGUCGCUCUACUUAACCAGGGCGAUCGAGAUGGUGCAUUGUGGACAUUCGACUUUGCUUUUCAAGACUGUGAGCUGUCCGACAUCAGCUUUCUCUUACUACUGAAGUCAAUCCUUGUAUUCGAAUGCGGAAAUCAAGGAGAGGCGAUAACGCGCAUAGAGUACCUUGCUACGAGAGCGAGCAAGGACAAAGAUAACAACGCCACCUACCUCUACGCCCAGGUCCUAGCAGUUAUGUACAUGAGAAAGGGAAAUUAUGGACGUGUGAUACCAUUGAUCGAGAGUACGAAGAACCUAGCCCCAGUAAACAAGCAAUGUCCUCCGCUAGUGACGAUCUCGCUUAUAUUUGGGUGGAGUUUCAUUGGGCUAGAUAUCAUUCCCCAGAAACAUCUAUGUGAAACCCUCUAUGCCGAAGGACGCGCAGCCGAAGCCACGGAGAUCCUCCUCAACACUAUCAGGACAUCAAAUGAGCAGAUACAGGCAAGCAAGGAAACAGCAGACUGGGUCGCAGAUUUCGCCAAAAGAUGCGCUACCACACUUGAGCACGAUGGCGAUGAAGCCUUCGGAUCUGCGAAACAUGACGACACAAUAACACAGUACUCUGCUAUGUUGCCUUCAAGUCCCGCAGGUCUGUUUAUCAAGCGGAGCAGAGCUCGAGCAGCAAAAAGGUUGUGGGAGGACGCACUGCAGGAUGCAAACGAGGCAGUGAAAGCGGACCCCUCCAGCCCUUGGGGCUAUCAUGCCAAGCAUGUGGCGCUUCAUGGAGCAAAACGGUAUGACGAAGCGAUCGAUGCUUUCGAGUCUAUGUUGCAAGUUAUUGAACAGUCCCAUGACCCUGCAAUCAGGCAACUGCGCAAGAACUACAUUUCUCCUUCCGAGACGGUUGCGGCUAUCGAUCCUGUUGUUCAUGGGAUCGUAAAAAAUUGUCCCCUUGUUGUCAUUGAUGUCAACACUGGUUGCCUUUGCGACGGUCCUGAGCAGAUUCGUAUCUUCAAGGCUGAUCCGUCGUUCAAAGAGCUUGUUUCAUCUAUGAAGACAGCAGUGGACAACGAGCAGAUCCUCCAAGUGAUUGCAAGCUUUUUCGGAUAUGUCAUGUUCUCGCACACAUGGCAGGGGAACGAGCCGUCAUUCCAGGAUGUCAAUAAAGUUGAAUCUAAAUCCGUGUGGGACCUUCCCGAUACGCCCUUGAAUAACAAGCUGCGCAAUUUCUGCAAGGAGGCACACAGGCUUGGUUACAACUGGGCAUGGUCGGAUACGUGCUGUAUCGACAAGACCACGGGACCCAUCCUUAAUCAAUCUCUUACAUCCAUGUACAAAUGGUAUGCGAAUUCGGCAGCCACUCUCGUAUUCCUUGCUAGCGUAACCCAUCCGUCCAAGCCCGGAGACCUUGCGCGCAGUCGAUGGAUGACGCGAGCAUGGACCCUGCAGGAACUUCUCUCACCGACAGUCAUCUUUUUCUAUGAUUCCGAGUGGAAAUUGUACCUCGGCGAUACCAGUGCGAACCACAAGGAAUCAGAGAUUAUGCAAGAGCUAGCAGAUGCUAUCGGUGUUCCGCGUGGAACAAUCGUCACGUUCUCUCCAGACGAUCUCGGGGUGCGCGAGACACUUCGUCUCGCUUCGUCGCGCAGUGCAAUGGUCGAGGAAGACGUUGCAUACUCUCUCAUCGGCAUAUUCAAGUCUGAUAUCAAACCCUACUACGGUGAAGGAGCCGAUGCCCUCGGACAUCUCCUAGAGGAGAUCGUGGCCCGUUCCGGCGAAGUCACCGUACUUGCGUGGUCAGGAAAGUCAUCAUCAUACAACAGUUGUCUCCCGACUUCCCUUUCCGUGUACAGUCAAAUUCCUCAUAGUCCUCCAUCACUCGAAGGGGAGGAGAUGGAAAGGCGUAUCCAGGAAUUAGGUGACAAGUUGCCCCGACAACAAGCGCGGACCAUAUUCAAUAGGAUCAACCGUCUCUCCCCCGCCCGUUUUGCAACCCGACGUCUACACCUUCCGUGCAUCGUCUUCUCUGUGAGAAGCCUCGAGAUGCUCCAUUCAAUCUCGAGCCCCCGGUUGUUCAGCGAUGAGAAGCUAUAUCGUACUAGGGUAUCGGGACUCGGCCAAGUGGAGUUCACGACUGCUGACCGUCUCUCGCUGAACGGGCCACAGCAACUCGUUUUCGCGCACCCUUGGAUUCAUUAUAUCCGAGGUCCGAGUGGCGGGAUUACCUGGGAAGAUGACUCGGAUUCUCAUACUGACUCUGAUUCGGCUGAAGUUGCGCCAUUGCCCGCUGCCCCCGCGCUUCAAGUUGACAACUAUACCCUGGCACUGGAGAUGAUUGCCCGCCUCGGACAGCCGUUCAGCGCAUUGCUUCUUCUAAAGCAGCCGAAUGGAGAGUACAAGAGGGUCGCUGCAGAGAACGAGAUUGUCGUCCCGGGACUUGGAACCAACAUCACCUCCAAAAAUAUUCGGGCAAAAGUCUUGGAAAUCCUUUGAUGUGUGUGGGGGGUUGGGCUCAGCUGCUGGUUUUUACAGUUUGUUGGUUUACCUGCUCAGACGGAAUCUCCAGAGUGUUCAUGACAACACUUCCUACA